AUGAAGGCUACUUUCUUCUCCGUCUUUGCUCUGGCCAUCUCGGCCAUUGCCAGCCCUGUUCCUCAGGUCAACGGCGCUGUUGGACAGGUCAACGGUGUUGUCAAGUCCACCACCGACAUUGUCACCAAGAAGGUUGGCGUCAAGCAGAUUGUCGAUGAGGCUAGUUCUGCCAAGCGUGCCAUCGCUGGUCCUCAGGUCUUGAUCACUACUCUUAAGACUACCGUUCACAAGGUCAACGGCCAGACCACCGGCAUCAACGAGAUCGUUGAGAAGGUCAAGUCCGGUGUCAUCACCAAGGACGCCGGUGCCACCCAGGCCGUGCCCAUGUUCGAGGCUGUCCACUUCGAGCUCACCGAGGUCGUCACCAAGCUUACCGGUGCCGCUGGCCUCAACGUUGCCGACGCCGAUGUCGACACUGUCCUCAGCCUCGUCGUCGUCCUCGUCUCCGAGGUCCUCACCACCGUCAAGACUGUCGUCACUGUCAUCGGCCUCCGACCCCAGCUCAUCUCCAUCCUCCACUCCGUCUUCACAAUCCUCGCCAAGGUUCUCACUCUUGUCAUUGGCAUCGUUGGUGCCAUCGUCCCUGGCCUGAUUGCUGCCCUUACUCCUCUCCUCGCUGGCCUCGGCAACGCUGUCCUUGCCCCCGUCCUCGCCCCCAUCACCGCUUUCCUUGCUGGCAUUGCUGCCGCCUAA